CCUUUGUGUUGUUUACAUUAAGAACUUCCGGAAAACCAGAAACAAAUAUUCAUCCAUCCAUAUUUUCAACAUUCUUCAAACUGGACAUGAAGGUUGGCCAGCACUAGUAGAUGACAAUUGGUCAUUUUAAGAAGAAGCAGGGAGCCGGGUCAUCCCAGAGUGUGAGUGCUCAGAGCAGCCUGGAACCAGUGGGGGGCAAGAUCGAGGCCCUCAAUGGGAAAGACAAACCCACCAAGCUGCUCAAUGGAGACAAGAAUGGUCCAGUGAAAGAUAAAGACAUGAAGAGGUCCAAGUUGACAGAGAAGACGUUGGAGAAGUCCAAGUCUGAGGAGAAGGUGAAGGUCACUGCCGGAGCAGAGUCCAGAGCUGGUACAGAGUCCAAGAAGUCAGCCAGUGAGACAGAUAGAAGGGAGGAGGCCACAGCAGGGCAAGAUUUAGACAGGGUUAAAGUAGAUGCAAAAUCGGAGAAAAAAGACGACAAGACCAAUAAGAAAGAUGACAAAGUUGUGGUAAAAGAGAAAAUAAGCAAGUCAAAGGAUGACAGGGUCGAUGGUAAAGUCAAGGUAAAGAAGGAGCAGGACACUAAGGAUGACUCUAGGAACAUUGUCACUCCCCUGAAACUGAAGGUUAAGGUCAAGGAAGAAAAGGUGGAGGAACCCGAGGGCCCAAAGAUUGAGAGGAUGGAGAAGAGGGGCAAAAGUAAGGAGAGGGUGUCCGAGGGGCAAGUCAGGGGUAAGGGGGACAGGGAAGGGGACAGCCAUGACGGGAAAGUGAAGUCAAAGGAGAUUAAGGAGAAAGAAGAGGAACUGCAAGCCAGACUGGAAAGAAUCAAGAACGAAAAGUCACGAGAGAAGGAAGCACGUCGAGAGAAGCAGGAGAGGAAGAAGAGGAAGAAGAGGAAGAAGAGGAGUCACAGCCCGGAGGAAGCAGCAGCGGGUGGCAGGGCUGGAUCGCGGGACCAGGAGGAACCAGACUGGGAGCCAGCCAACACUACCACCAUCACUACGGGCCACCACAACAGGCACACACCGGAAGUCUCACCAAGGCACCCGGACGUGAGAGAUUCCAAACGGAGGAAAACUGAUGUUGGUGCAUCUGGGUCAAAGGAGGACACGGGAUUAAUGCCUAAAUCCUGCCACAGACAUAGUGCUUCCCCUGAAAGGGACCGGGAUCGUGAAAGGAAGGAGAAAAAGAGGGGACAGACCCAACAGACCCGGAUGCAAGGCCCCAUGGUUCGUCCCCCGGGGGGCAUGGUGGCCACCCAGCAGCCCCAGGCCCCCUCCCAGCCCCCACAGCAGAUGACCUUUAGCCCUGCCCAAGUUAGGGCUACUGGACCCAAUCAGGGCAUCAACCCCACUGUGACCAACCAAGGGGCGGUGAGUGCUGGUGAUUAUUGGGACAAAGGUGACUUUAUGGGUAACAGAAUGACAGGAGGCAAUCAAACAAUUUCUGACCCAAAGAUGUCCCUGAACAGCACCAUGAGUCAGGGAAUGCCUGUCCAAUCUAAACCUGGCACAACAGCUGGCUGGCCCAAUCAAAAUUCAGGAAUGGUGAAUGCGCCAGCUUCCGGAAUAAACCAGACAAUAAGUGCAACCAGUGCAAUGAGUGGACCAAAUGUGACAAACAUGGGUGGACAGAAUAUAGGGGUAACCAAUAAUAUGGGAGGGCAACAAAUGGGCGGGGGGCAACAAAUGGGUGGGGGACAACAAAUGGGUGGGGGACAAUCCAUGGGCGGGAUCAAUAACAUGAAUAUGGGAGGGGCAAACAAUGUCAUGAGUGUUCCCAAUAGCAUGGCUGGACAAAAUAUGGGGGGCAUGAGCAGCAUGGGUGGGGCCGGUGGUAUGUCAGGUCAAGGGAUGAGUGCGGGAAAUGGAAUGGGACAGAACGCUGCAACCAUGAGUGCUAUGGGUAUGGGCGGUGGGGCAGCGCCCAUGGGAGGGAUGAACAUGGCCGGGCCGGGUAUGGUGGGACCAAACAACAUGGCUGGACAGGGAGGGAUGCAGGCGGGGCUGAAUCAGCAGGGUGUGGCACCUGGGAUACCUGGGCCCAAUGAUCAGCAAGGGGGAUUUCUGCAGAAUCGUACCAUCAUCUGGAAGGGCAACCUGGAGUGGCAGGACAAGAAGACGGUGAUACCCGGUCCUGCUGCCAGAAUCACUCGUAGUCUCGGUUGCAUGGUCUCCAUUGCCAACACAGACCCAGAUCUGAACACCUCCCGCUGGCCGUCUGUGCUCAUAAUGCAGCUGAUGCCACAGGCCUUGCCGAACUCGCCGCAGUUACAUCCCCUGUUCAAGAACAGCAGACAGGUGGCCUUCCACUUUCAACAGAACACGAACCUCGACGACACGCGUAACUUGUACAAGGUCAUGGGCAGUGGCUUUGCUGGCUGUGUCCACUUUCCCCCCAGCACGGCCUGUGACAUCCGUGUGCUGCUCCUCCUGUUCUCUAACAAGCGCAAGUCCUUUGUGGGCCUCAUCCCUAACGACCAGUUAGGCGUGGUGAAUGGCAUACGACAGGUCAUCACCCAGCAGAAACAGCGGGAAAAUGAAGACCAGAAACAAAGGAAGAAUUUUGAAACCAAGAAGAAAAAAGAGGUUGAUAGAGUCACAGCAUUCCAGACUCAGCUGGAAGAUGCCAUGAGUAAACUUUACCCAGAGGAGGCAGUAAGGAAAGAACAGGAAAAAGAGUUGAAAAAGGAACUGGGAGGUGGCAAGGAUGAGGAAGAAGAGGAGGAAGAUGAUGAUGAUGAAGAGGAAGGAACAGGGGAAGUAAAAACAGACACCCUGAAUGAGACUGCAAAAACAGAGGGUGACGAGGAGGAGGAGGAUGAAGAAGAAGAAGAUGAUGAUGAAGAAGAGGAUGAUGACGAGGACGAUGAAGAUGGGGCAGGGGAUACUCUGGAAACACCUAGAAAGGUUCAAACAAUAGAGAGCGCAAAGAAAGUGGUUGAUAAGAAAGCUGUUGAUAAGAAAGCUGUUGAUAAGAAAGCGGUUGAGGAAGAAAGCGAGGAGGAGGAAGAAGUGGAGGAGGAAGAGGUGGAAGAGGAAGUAGAAGAAGAAGAAACAGAGGAAGAAGAAGAAGAUGAGGAGGAAACCAAACCAAUGAAAAUUGUAGAAAGCAAAACUGCAAAAGCUAAAAAGGCUGUAGAAGAGGAAGAUGAUGAUGAUGAUGAUGAUGAUGAUGAUGAUGAGGAGGAGGAGGAGGAGGAGGAGGAAGAUGAUGAUGAAGAAGAAGAGGAAGAUGAUGAUGAGGAGGAGACAGAUGAGGAAGAAGGGGAAGAAGGACAGACAACUAUGGAGAUCACAACCACAGCGAAGAUGUCGCCCACGUCGCCCUCAGCGCCGAGCCCUGAAACAGAAGAACAUGCAAUAGACGAGGCCUUAGUUGCUGAACACGAAGGCAUUCAGCCGUCAAAGAUCUCGCCACAUUAUCUCCAUUCCAACAGCACCUCGCACACGUGGGUUUUUUCUGCUAUUGCAGUGUUAAUUGAUAACGCUUGUGAUGCAAAUGCUUCGGAGCUUAAGAUCGAUAAAAGAGAGAUAAUGAAGAAAGACUGUCUCAUCAACCCGAAAGUCUGUCUAACGCUUCUCGAUAAUGGGAAAGGGAUGACACACGAGGAACUUAGUAACAUGUUGAGUUUUGGCUUCAAUAUGCACCCUAACAAUGUGAAGAUAGGAAAAUUUGGCAAUGGUUUUAAGGCGGGUUCCAUGAGAAUAGGGGACGAUGCCAUGGUAUUCACGCGCUGCAAGACUUCUACGAGUAUAGGAUUGCUCUCGCAGACAUAUCUGAAAGCAAUUAAGGCAAAAUACGUUAUUGUUCCCAUUGUGACCUGGACACCACAAAACAAAGAUAUGAAUCGCGAAUCGUCCAUUGAGAGUGAUGCUAACUUGUCCGCCAUUUUGGAACACGGACUAUUUUCAUCAGAGGAAGAGUUGAUGCAUGAAAUACAGGAUUUUGAGAAAAUGAAAUUUGCCACUGGAACAAAAAUAGUUAUCUUCAACGUGAGGAAAGACAUAAGUGGGAUGACAGAGCUUGAUUUUUUGUCUGACCCGAUUGACAUUCGUAAUCCGGAAACAGCACUCAAUGAGAAAACGCUAAUCGACCGUCCGGUGAUUGAUGACUGUCCAGAAUAUAGGAAAUCGUUGCGAGAGUACUGUAGUAUUUUGUACUUAAAACCAAGAAUGAGGAUUGUAAUUCAAGGAAGAGAAGUACAAACUAAGCUGAUCGACAAAUCGUUGUUGGAGAGAGAAACAGAUGUGUACAAUCCCACCUGGCUCGAUCGUCGUGUAAAAAUCACGUUUGGAUUUACCAGGAACAAAGAUACGGAUCCGUAUGGUCUGAUGUUAUACCACAAAAACCGACUCAUCGAUGCCUAUCGUAAAGUUGGCUGUCAGAAAAAGGGUAAAGGCCAUGGUAUUGGCGUCAUUGGUGUGGUCGAAGCAGACUUUCUCGAACCAACACAAAACAAACAGGAGUUCAUCAACAACCAAAGAUACAAUACAUUUAUUAAUGCUGCUGCAGGAAAGCUGAACGAUUAUUAUUAUGAAAAAUCCAAUACAGAGGACCCAAACAUCUCUCUAAGCUCAAUGGCUUCAAAAAUAACAUGGGUACAAUGUGACAAUUGCAAUACGUGGCGAAGACUGCCAGCUGGGCACACAGAUGAAAAAUUGUCUGAUGUUGAAAGAAAAUGGUUCUGCAGAGAAAAUCCGGAUGUUUAUUACAAUCGUUGUGAUAUUCCCGAGGAUCCCGAAUUUUAUUCGGACGAGGAUCUAUUAUUUUUUUCGGACGAGAGUGAAUUUUAUUCGGACGAGAGUGAAUUUCAUUCGGACGAGAGUGAGAAACCACAGACCACCUACAAAGAAACGUACAAGAAGGCAAUGGAAGAAAAAAGAAGAAAAGAAAAAUUUGGAGAGGCGAUCAGCACGAAUUACAAUAGUACUGAACCAACAAAUCGAGAACCAAAAGAUCAGAUUGCAGGAGACGUAGAUGAAGAUAUACCCAUGAGGAUGGAAGUCAAUCUACCAGUUGAUAAAGAUGCAUUGCGUGUGAGAACCACCGUCCCAAUAACUGUAACGGAAGCGAAAGCGACGGAGUCUAUGAAAGUUCCAAGCACAUCCGUUUCCUCUACGAUUUAUUCCAGAGCGCCGAAACAGAAUAUUGGGCACGAUUUUUGCAGUCAAAAGACAAAACAAAGAAAAAAUGAGUCCCCAAAACUUCCUGUCAUGGAUAUAGAUCGGAAAGACAUUGCACAGUUUAACGAUGUGGGCGUGGAAUUUAAUGCCCAGUCUGAUACAGACAUAGGAAACGCUGACACAGAAAGUAUAAUAUUUGGAGCCGAUAUUUUCAGCGAAGAAACAAUUCAGGCUGAAAGGACAGAGUUUGAAAAAAUGGAAGUACAAACAUCUUUAACUGCGUCUCAAAGUAAUUCUCAAGAAACGAACUUCUUACCAUUGAUGCUACUCGAACACGGUCAAAGACCGCUGGAUUUAGCAGGUUCAAUACAAAAACCUGUAAGGAAAAUAACAGAAUCGGAAAAGAGUCAACCCACGGUGUUAGACGAAUCAAAAGAGGCGACAAAAGCAUUUAUCGAAUCCAAAGAUCCAAUAAGAGACAAGAUCCCUCGCUCCUUCACGAGAUCUGUGCACACUACUGAUAUAACCUCUGCAGAGGUGGAGUCACAGCCUUACCUUGACCUUGAACAUGAAGUGGUAAGCGACCUUGACCCUAUUAUUCCUGGCGUUAAAAAUAAUCAGUCGUUUAAAAAUGUGCAAGGACUUGGGAAACAGACUGGUAUGCUCAUAACUGAGCGAGAUUUGCCUUCGACUUCAAACAUCAGAAAUAAUAGUGCCAGGCACACUGUGAUCAGUAAAGACCAUACACUUCUUGAGAAGACAAAAACUGAUCUAGAAAUCACAAAACAAAAAUUAAAUAAUAAAGAACACGCUCUGCUUGAGAAAACAAGAGAAUUAACACGUUUGCGGACACAUAUUUGGGAGUUUGUGAAAUUAUUAAUCUCAAAUAAUAAUAAUGGUGAACCAGAAAGCAUUGAACAAGAUGAUGAACCAGAAAACAUUGAACAAGUUAUUAUGGAAUUUAUACAGCAUUACAGAGGACAUCGAUAAAUUAAGUACUAGACGCUAAGCUUUAUGAAAUCAGGUUUGCAAUUUGCAUUUGACAUAAGCAUUUUUUUUAAACCAAAGCCUUUAUUGUUACGCGAAGCUAUCCCUUUAAGUGGUAAAUCGUACGCAUUAUAUUGUACUUGAUGUGGUUCUACUAAUACAUGUGUCUAUUAAAUGAUUUAAAAUUGUAUUACUUAAUUAUUAUGCCCCCCUUCGAAGAAGAGGGGGUAUAUUGCUUUGCUCAUGUCGGUCGGUCUGUCGGUCGGUCUGUCGGUCCGUUCACCAGAUGGUUUCCGGAUGAUAACUCAAGAACGCUUAGGCCUAGGAUCAUGAAACUUCAUACGUAGAUUGAUCAUGACUGGCAGAUGACCCCUAUUGAUUUUCAGGUCACUAAGUCAAAGGUCAAGGUCACAGUAACUCGAAAUAGUAAAAUGGUUUCCGGAUGAUAACUCAAGAAUGCUUAGGCCUAGGAUCAUGAAACGUCAUAGGUACAUUGAUCAUGACUGGCAGAUGACCCCUAUUGAUUUUCAGGUCACUAGGUCAAAGGUCAAGGUCACAGUGACUCUAAACAGUAAAAUGGUUUCCGGAUGAUAACUCAAGAAUGCUUAGGCCUACGAUCAUAAAACUUCAUAGGUAUAUUGUUCCUGACUGGCAGAUGACCGCUAUUGAUUUUCAGGUCACUAGGUCAAAGGUCAAGGUCACAGUGACUCUAAACAGUAAAAUGGUUUCCUGAUGAUAACUCAAAAAUGCUUACGCCUAAGAUCAUGAAACUUUAUAGGAACAUUGAUCAUCACUGGCAGAUGACCCCUAAUGAUUUUCAGGUCACUAGGUCAACGGUCAAGGUCACAGUGACUCGAAAUAGUAAAAUGGUUUCCGGAUGAUAACUCAAGAAUGCUUUCGCCUAGGAUCAUGAAACUUCAAUGAUACAUUGAUCAUCACUGGCAGAUGACCACUAUUAAUUUUCAGGUCACUAGGUCAAAGGUCAAGGUCACAGUGACUCGAAACAGUAAAAUGGUUUCCUGGUGAUAACUCAAGAAUAAUUAGGCCUAGGAUCAUUAAACUUUAUAGCUACAUUGAUCAUGACUGGCAGAUGACACCUAUUGAUUUUCAAGUCACUAGGUCAAAGGUCAAGGUCAGUGACAAAAAACUUAUUCACACAAUGGCUGCCAGUACAACUGACAGCCCAUAUGGGGGGCAUGCAUGUUUUACAAACAGCCCUUGUUUAUGUUUUAAAAUUGUAUUAUUUUAGUAUGCAGUUAAACUGCUUAUGUAUUUGUUCAGAAAACAAAUAUUCUAACAUUAUAAAUACAUUUACAUAGUGUGUAUAAUUUAUAAGGAAGCGAUCGAGGACUAUUACAAUACAGCGAAUAUUUGAAAUAGCUGACAUGAGAUACAUGUAUGCAAUUAUUUAUAUUAACGCUGACCUGACGAUUGAUUACGAAUCAUCAUCAUGCAAAACCGUCAUUGGAUAUGAAUUAAAUCAAUUCAAGACACUUUAAUGGUAAAUGUUUUGGAUAACUUAAUAUUUUCAAAAAUGCUUAUUUACUGGUAAUUGACGUUUUAAUUAUACAUGUAUACAGAUAUCAAACAUUUGAAAUACGAUUCGAUGUAUUAUAUGUUUAAUAUGUAAUAUAAUUUUGCAUGUGAAUGUAAUGUGACAAUUAUUUUUAGAUUUAAAAACGUAGCCUAGAUAAUGAAGGUAUUUUAAAUUAUGUACAUUCCAUAUACAUGUAUUGUUAUUUUCAUUGUGUACAAUAGACAUAGGCCGGUUAUGCAUCUGCAAUGUAUAUGUUGAUUUUCUGAUUAAUUUGUUUUCUUACGAUUUCCAAACUACUAAAUUGCAGUAUUCUUGUUUUGCUGAUACUCUCUGACCCAUUAUGAGCUAAAAUGUCCGAAAUGGCUCUUACCAACUUCCAUUUGCAGAAGUCUUGAUGUUCAGCGCUUUGUAAUGAUCCACUUGCUAAAUAACCGAUCACUCUGGACACAUAGUCACGUUAUCUAGAAAUAAGAAAACCCCGUUAAACGGUAGCAGACUUCUCCCCUUUUAAGGAUAAACGUGUGUGAUUUUUAAUAGCAUUUUCUACUAUGUACGCUAUAGAAGAGUUUUCUAAAUUAUGAUAAUAAAUUAUAUUUAUUAUCGAAAUUCAAAUACAGUUUGAAUAUUAAUUUAAUUUAAAUCGCAAGAUUGCCAUAGCUAAAAUAAUGUAACAUUUAUUUAUUUAUUAUGAUGUUGCCUCACGUAAAUUACAUUAAAACAAAUAAUUGUACUCGUAAUAUUUACACAUUUACACUUUUUGACGUAAAUUCUUACUCGGAAUAUAUAUUUUGCUGCUUUUCGGUGACUCUUAAAUAUGGAAAUUCUGUAUUAAUUUGCGUUAUACGUAAUUACAAAUUACUUUAUAAAACAUGUAUCAUCAAGUUUAAAAAUAAUUUCCCUCGUUGUACGAAGAUAAUAUGAAGUAAUUAAGACUCAUAACCACUGAAAUCUGUUAAACGAAACUGAAUAAAACGAGUAUAAAAGGGGUUUAUUUUUAUUGACGAAAUGCCUAUUCUUCGCUGCAUUAUUAACGCUGUUUCUUUUUCAGAAUCUAUGUCACAAGCUUGGACAAUUAACAAAACGCCCAUCUAAUAACAGGCCUCCUUAGAAACAAUUAUGGACAAGUCGUUUCCAAUUUACCAAAAUUAUGGGAUGGUCACCCAAGGUGACGGUUUUAUCAAAAGGUAGAAAUAGGGCCGACGGGCAUAAUAUCGUGUCAACCGUACUAUCCUUAUUCAGAUUUUUUUAGAUAUGCGUUUGGACUGAGGCAAGGGGAGGUAAUGUCGCCGAUUGUGUUUUUUUUAUUGGUUGAAGACUUUGAACUUUACUUACAAGAUAACAUUAACCCUGGUUUGAGUAUAGAUGAUAUUGUGUUGAUUAAACUAUUAUUUGCUUACGACAUGGCUAUUGUAGGCAAAUGACCUGCUGAAGUCCAGUCCCAUUUAGAUAAAUACUAUUUAUACUUAAGGCUAUCACGUUUAAACGGUCGCGUUUCGUGUUUUGCUCAUAAACGUUAACCAAAACAAUAAACGUUUAAACGAUAGUCAAUAUCAAUAUAAUAAAUAUUGGGGUGCGAAUAACGUAGCCGACUAGCCGUACGAAGUAUAGCGACAACGAACUGCGAAAUCCGGGUACUUGCGGUAAAUCCGGGCUACCCAAUUCGGCAGCAAUUUAUUUCUGAGUGGUUAGAGGAUGGCACAGACAUGAACGGAAACUAACGGAAAAUCUUACAACAUGGAAACGAAACAGAGUGUAUGCCGCCAUCUUGAAAUAUUUUAAGAGAUUGAUUAGCAAAGUAAAACACUGCGGUAGCAUGUUGAAAAGCAAUACUUUAACCAAAUUAUAUAUUGAUUACGUUUUUGCUAGUUAACUGGUUUUUCAUUUUCUGCGGUCAAACGAUAUGCACAUUGUAUUUCAUGUGCAAAAAACGUACAUUUUUUUCGGAGUGUCGUUUUCGGAUAAAGUUUUUUUCAUCGAUUUUACAUUAUUUUUCGACAUUCAUUUUUUAUAUAGAGUGACGAAUACACGUGUGGUGAUACGGAUGGUCUGGUUUAUAAUACUUUAUUAUCCCCCGCCAGAGGCGGAGGGAUAUUGUUUUGGCGUUGUCCGUCCGUCCGUCCGGCACUUUUGUGUCCGGAGCCAUAUCUUGGAAGUGCUUUGGCGGAUUUCAUUGAAACUUGGUAUGAGUAUAUAUAUGCAUAAGAGGAUGAUGCACGCCAAAUGGUAUUGUACACCAUCUGUUAAAAACAGAGUUAUGGCCCUUUGUUUCUUGAAAAAAUGCCUUUUACUAUAGGCACUUUUGUGUCCGGAGCCAUAUCUUGGAAGUGCUUUGGCGGAUUUCAUUGAAACUUGGUAUGAGUAUAUAUAUGCAUAAGAGGAUGAUGCACGCCAAAUGGCAUUGUACACCAUCUGUUAAAAACAGAGUUAUGGCCCUUUGUGUCUUGAAAAAAUGCCUUUUACUAUAGGCACUUUUGUGUCCGGAGCCAUAUCUUGGAAGUGCUUUGGCGGAUUUCAUUGAAACUUAGUAUGAGUAUAUAUAUGCAUAAGAGGAUGAUGCACGCCAAAUGGCAUUGUACAACAUCUGUUAAAAACAGAGUUAUGGCCCUUUGUAUCUUGAAAAAAUGCCUUUUACUAUAGGCACUUUUGUGUCCGGAGCCAUGUCUUGGAAGUGCUUUGGCGGAUUUCAUUGAAACUUGGUAUGAGUAUAUAUAUGCAUAAGAGGAUGAUGCAUGCCAAAUGGCAUUGUAUACUAUCUGUUAAAAACAGAGUAAUGGCCCUUUGUAUCUUGAAAAAAUGCUUUUUACUAUAGGCACUUUUGUGUCCGGAGCCAUAUCUUGGAAGUGCUUUGGCGGAUUUCAUUGAAACUUGGUAUGAGUAUAUAUCCCCUGCCAGAGGCGGAGGGAUAUUGUUUUGGCGUUGCUCGGCAGUCCGUCCGGCUGUCCGUCCGUCUUUUUUGUGUCCGUAGCCAUAUCUUGGAAGUGCUUUGGCGUAUUUCAUUGAAACUUCGUAUGAGUAUAUACAAGCAUAAGAGUAUGAUUCACGCCAAAUGGCAUUGUACACCAUCUAUUAAAACCAGAGUUAUGGCCCUUUGUAAAACGCACGACUCAUUAAUUCACCUAAAUAAAUUGUUAAGGCUUAAGAACCUUCCUUUGUCUUAGUUUUGUGUUAUUGUCCUCCGUCCGUCCAUCUAUCAUUAUGUUCAUCCGUCCAAUUUGCACCCAUCCUCAAACAAAGCAUAUGUUGCGGGGGAUACCUUGGGCCUUUCAGGCCCUCUUGUGGUUUUAAUAUGACGUAUUGCGCGAAUGGGAUAUGCACUGAAUAUUACAUCUGGAAAUAUUUACUAUUUUUAUGCCCCCCUUCGAAGAAGAGGGGGUAUAUUGCUUUGCUCAUGUCGGUCUGUCGGUCGGUCUGUCUGUCGGUCCGUCCACCAGGUGGUUUUCAGACGAUAACUCAAGAACGCUUGGGCCUAGGAUCAUGAAACUUCAUAGGUACAUUGACUCGCAGAUGACCCCUAUUGAUUUUGUGGUCACUAGGUCAAAGGUCAAGGUCACAGUGACCCGAAAUAGUAAAAUGGUUUUUGAAUGAUAACUCAAGAACACAUACGCCUAGGAUCAUGAAACUUCAUGGGUAGAUUGAUCAUGACUUGCAGAUGACCCCUAUUGAUUUUGAGGUCACAAGGUCAGAGGUCAAGGUCACGGUGACCCGAAAUAGUAAAAUGGUUUCCGGAUGAUAACUCAAGAACGCAUACGCCUAGGAUCAUGAAACUUCAUGGGUAGACUGAUCAUGACUCGCAGAUGACCCCUAUUGAUUUUGAGGUCACCAGGUCAAAGGUCAAGGUCACGAUGACCCGAAAUAGUAAAAUGAUUUUCAAAUAAUAACUCAAGAACGCUUUUGCCUAGGAUCAUGCCACUUCAUAGGUACAUUGAUUGUGACCCGCAGAUGACCCCUAUUGAUUUUCAGGUCACUAGGUCAAAGGUCAAGGUCACAGUAACAAAAAACAUAUUUACACAAUGGCUGUCACUACAACGGAGGGCCCAUAUGGGGGGCAUGCAUGUUUUACAAACAGCCCUUGUUAGUUUGGAAAUGCGAUGGUACUGAUGUUUUUGAAACGGACAUAGGGAUACCGUUUAAACGGUAACGUUUCGUUUAUUUCAUUUCGUUUAAACGUUUAGAAAAAUAUGUAAACGUGAUACCCUUAUAAAUUAUACUGCAACUCAAGAGAGGUGUGGUAAAAUGAAAAACAGCCCAGUAUCGGAUAUAUAUAAACUAUGUAAAAUAGUAUGGAGUAUGUAGAAUAUAUACAAGUAGCGUUAGUUAUAAGAAAUACCAUCCUAAAUAACACCGUAUAAUAGAUUUCAUCAUCUCCUAGAUAGCACUUACCAGUUCUUACCAUAGAUUAAGUUUAUUUGUAUGGGUAUGUUUUAUUUACUUUUUAUGUUAUAUAAUGCUUUUUUUUGUUAUUCGUAGUCACAUGACAGAAAAUAACAUGCAUAUUUGUGUAUUAAGACGAUGUAGUUGUAUAAGUUUGAAUAAAUUGUCUGUCCAAAAAUGACAGAGAAGCUGGU